AUGAACUUAAUACACAAUCCUCUUAAAAGGAGGCGGCGAGCGUCGCCCCCGCGCGCCGCGUUAACCAGAUUAGCGGAGCGGAGAGCGAGGUGGGGCGCGGCGGACACCUCGGCGCGCGGGAAAAACAACGCGCGGCGCCGGCCCCGCCCCGCGGGGCGCUGCGGGGCGCCGCGCGCGCCAUUGGCCGGGCGGGAGGGUGUCGCUGCCGGCGCCGCCGCCGCCGCCGCAGCCGCCGGCCAGUCGUUUGACGCCUGCCGCGCGAGCGGCCGCACCGACCGUCGCGAGUGUCGCUGUCGUAGUGCGCGAUCGAGCCGCCGCGAGCCGCCGGCCGGCGCGGCAUGGACCUUGCAUGAGCGGCCGCCCGCGCGACCGCUGGAGCCGACGGGCACGCCGGCCGUGGAGCGCGCGCCGUGGGUCCCGGGCGGCGCGGGCAUGCGCUUCGAGGGCGCCGAGCGGCGCGACGCCGUGGCCUUCCACCCGCUGCUGGCGCCGCGCCCCAGCGACUUCUCGGUGUCGGCGCUGCUGACGGCGGGCGCGCUGCCGCCGCCGCCCUACCUGCCAGCGGCACUGGCGGCCGCCGCCGCGCUGUCCGCGCCCUGUCCGCUGCUCAAGCCGCCACCGCCGCCCUAUGCGCCACUGCCUCCCGACGACGACGGCGUCGUCGACGACCCCAAGGUCACCCUCGAGGGCAAGGACCUAUGGGAGAAGUUCCACAAGCUCGGCACCGAGAUGGUGAUCACCAAGAGUGGCAGACAAAUGUUCCCACAAAUGAAGUUCCGCGUCUCAGGACUGGACGCGAAAGCGAAAUACAUCCUACUGCUUGACAUCGUCGCGGCUGACGACUACCGAUAUAAAUUUCACAACAGCCGGUGGAUGGUGGCCGGCAAGGCGGAUCCUGAGAUGCCGAAGAGGAUGUACAUCCACCCGGACUCGCCGUCUACCGGCGAGCAGUGGAUGCAGAAGGUGGUUUCCUUCCACAAGCUCAAGCUGACCAACAACAUCAGCGACAAACACGGAUUCGAGCUCAUCUAUAACCAAAGUCAACGGAUGUUGUCAAAGUUGCUGUGGCCCAAUCCAGUGCCUAGUGCGCCAAGAGAUCCCCACUCGGAUCAUUUGACGAUCCUGAACUCGAUGCACAAGUACCAGCCGAGGUUUCACCUGGUGCGCGCCAACGACAUCCUGAAGCUGCCCUACUCCACCUUCAGGACAUACGUCUUCAAGGAGACGGAGUUCAUCGCUGUCACAGCGUAUCAGAACGAAAAGAUAACACAAUUGAAGAUAGACAACAACCCGUUCGCCAAAGGCUUCCGGGAUACAGGCGCCGGCAAAAGAGAGAAGAAUUUGUCGGUGUACCGCAGGCAGGCGCUGUUGACGGCGCGCUCGGACACGCGGGACGACGACGACGAGCGGCCGCUCGACGUCGGAGGACCCUCCAGCCCUCCGCCGCCGCCGCCCUCCACGCAGCACACCUCCAGCUCAUGGUUCAGUUCUGGAGGUGGCGGCGACUCUGGCGCCGAAGAAGCCGGUUCCGAUUCCUCGUGCUCGGGCGGCGCACGGGCCUCCUCACCCCCCGCGGGACCCUCGCGUCCCUCCCCCGCCCCCGACGUCUCCCUCGGACCGCCGGUACAACCUCCACUACUCCCUUACCUUUACCCUCCUUCGUUAUACCCGCCUCCCUUCUUUCCGCCGCAUCAAAUGCCUCCAGGGCUGCUGUUCAAUCUUCACCCGCUGCUGCAGCAGUACUCGCUGCCGCCACCACCUGCGCCUCCUGCGCCAGCUCCCGCCCCCUCGCUCUCCAAAACACACAGGUUCGCACCAUACGCGUUGCCUGGCUUGGGAUCGGCAUUUGAGCAAGUGGCGCCGCGAGCGAGAAGCUUGAGCUCGUCACCAGCGAGGCCUCGGGCGGGGUCACCACCAGCGCGUGCGGCUUCUGCCGACCCUCCCCCCGAUCCUCCCACAUCCACCACAACAUCAACAGCCGCUACGCCUCCGGCCUCCGACCUCAAGAGCAUCGAGCGUAUGGUCAACGGCCUGGACGUCGAGACCCAGGACUGA